GUGACACUUCUCCCUCGCUGAGACGGGACGCACUCACAAAUAAAACCUCAACUUUAUAAUACCAAGACGGGAUUUAGACUAAGAAAGGACCACGACAGGAGGACAUACCGCCCGCACCACACCGCCUCGUUGAAGUUGAACGAGACUCACACUAACUUCCAGGGGAGAAGGGAGAGGUCGUGUUCUGCUGUGCUUUCAGGAAAAUGGCUUCCAGAUUAGAGGAGGACCUGUACUGCUGCGUGUGCCACGACAUAUUUAAAGAUCCUUACAUCCUGACAUGCAGCCACAACUUCUGUAAAGACUGUCUGCAGAAAUGGUGGAAACAGAAACUCAUCAAAGAGUGUCCGUACUGCAAGAGGAGACAGUCCAAGGGAAUCAUUCCUAACUUGACGUUGAAGAACAUGUGUGAAAGUUUCCUCCAGGAGAGAGCCUCAGAGGAUCUCUGCAGUCUGCACUCUGAGAGACUCAAACUCUUCUGUGUGGACCAUCAGCAGCCGGUGUGUCUCGUCUGCAGGGACUCGGAGAAACACCUCGAGCACAGAUUCAAGCCCAUCGACGAAGCGGCAGGACAACACAAGAAGGAGCUCCAGGAAACUCUGCAGCCCUUAAAGAAGAAGUUAGGGGCUUUGAGAGAAGUGAAAGUGAACUGUGAGCUCUCAGAAAAACACCUGACGGUCCAGGUGCUGCAGACAGAGACGCAGAUUAAGGAGCAGUUUAAGAAGCUUCACCAGUUUCUAGAUGAGGAAGAGGAGGCCAGGAUGGCUGCAGUGAGGGAGGAAGAGGAGCAGAAAAGGAGGAGGAUGGAGGAGAAGAUGGAGGCUGUGAGCAGAGAGAUAGCAGCUCUGUCACACACAGUCAGAGUCACAGAGGAGGAGCUGAACGCUGGAGACAUCUCUUUCCUGCACAACUACAAGGCUGCAGUGGAGAGGCUGCAGCUCCCCCUGCUGGAGGAUCCACAGCUGCCCUCAGGAGCUCUGAUAGACCAGGUCAAACACCUGGGCAACCUCAGCUUCAACAUCUGGAGCAAGAUGAAGGACAUCGUCACCUACUCUCCCGUCAUCCUAGACCCAAACUCUGCUGGGAUGAAGCUCAUGGUGUGUGAGGGUCUGACUGGCGUGAGACGGGGAGGGGUUCAGCGUCUUCCUGAUAUUCCAGAGAGGAUGCAGAAACAGUUCUCCGUCCUGGGCUCGGAGGGCUUCAACUCAGGGACUCACAGCUGGGAGGUGGAGGUGGGAGACAGUAAAUUGUGGGAGGUGGGUGUGUUAGCAGAGAGUGUCCGGAGUAAGGGGAACAUACAGUCCGGAUUGUGGUCGACACGCUUCCGGUCGCACGGAUACAAAGCCUUCUCCCCGUCAGGGCAACACAAGGAGCUCGUGGUGGAGAAGAGGAUCCGGAGGGUCCGAGUGAAUCUGGACUGCAAAAACGGAAAGCUGUCCUUCUUUGAUCCUGGCACUAACACACACAUAUACACCUUCACACACACCUUCAGCGAGAGGCUGUUUCCUUUCUUUUAUAACGGAGAAAAAGUCCCACUGAGGAUUCUACCGGAGCGGCUCUCUGUGACCGCACUGCAACACAGAUAGAUUAUUAGGAUGCCUUUUUACAUUCACUCUAUGGAUGGAGAUUCAAUAUAAGUCUGGCACUAACUCCAGGAAGCAGCUUCGAAGCCCUUUCAAAGUAAAAGAAGUGGAGAGAGUGGAAGGAGAGGUGAAUGCCUUUGAAAUAUGGCAGGCUUACAACCCGAGUCAUCAUCCAGUGAGUCGGACUAAUUGAUAGGUUAAUAACUACAGAAAUGUCAAGUGACUUUUUAGCAGAGGUGGAAUAAGAACUCUUUAAUUAAGUACAAUUAUAAAAACUAUGGUCUUAAAAUACUGCAUUAAAAGCAUUAUCUGCAAAAUGUUCUUCAAGUUGCAAAAGUAAACGGCUCUUUUCACAGUAUUUUAUAUCAUCUAAUAUUAAAUUCUUCUAAACAUUGCAUGUACUGUAGGAUCAUUUUAAUGUUGUAGUUUGUCGACAUGGAGAUAGGUUCAUGUGUAGUCCCUCAUUUCAUCAAAUCAUGUUUUUUUAAAGUAAAGAAAUGUAAAAAGUGAAGUUUGUGUAGGAAAAAAGUGGUUCUUUACAUCCAAAAUUAAGUGUAUGCAGCAUUACAUGAUGACAGUUAAGUAAAGUACAAGUAUGUGGAACUAUUACUUAUUUAAAUACUUGAGUAAAUGUAUAAAUGUAUGUAUGCACAUGGAAUUUUUCAA